AUGUUGAUGUUAUCAUUUAUUCUUUUGUGUAUUGUUGUAUUUCUCAUUAGUUAUUUAAUCUAUAAUCGUUUUUGUUAUUUUGCUAAUCGUUCGAUACCUAGUCCACCUAUUCCAUCAAUAAUAUUUGGUCAUUUAUCUGAUUUAUGGUCAGCUCAUUCAUAUUCUGAACAACUUCAUAAAUGGACACAUAAAUAUGGUUCGAUUUAUGGAAUAUUUGAAGGUAUUCAUCCUGUUUAUGUUAUAUCUGAUGUUAAAAUUAUUCAAGAAAUAUUUGUAACACAAUUUCAUCGUUUUUAUGGUCGACGUACACAAUUAUCAAAUCGAAUAUUAGGUCAAGAACGUCUUCAUGUUUUUGCAACUAAUUCAAAUGAUCAAUGGAAAAGACAAAGAACUAUAUUAAAUCCAGCAUUUAGUAUAUCAAAAAUGAAACGAAUAAUACCAAUUAUGGAUUCAUCUAUUGAUGUUUUUAUAGAAAAAUUAUCAUUGAAAAACAAUGAAAAAAUUAUUAAUAUUCUAGAUUUUUAUAAACGAUUAACAAUGGAUAUUAUUUGUCGAUGUGCAUUUGGUAUCGAUACAAAAAUACAAUAUGAUAUUGAUAAUAAAAAUAUUUAUAUGAAAAAAGUUCAAGAAGUUUUAGAAAAAGAUUUUGAACGUUCAUUUUUAGCACGAAUACAUCGUAUUAUGCCUUUUUCUUUCUUAGCCAAUAUAUGUUCAAUUCUAUUUCGUCUUCAACAUAUUUUUAAAUAUGAAAAAUCUUCAUUUCCAGCUAAUUUUUGGCUUAUUAAUCAUAUGGAUCAAUUUAUUCAACAAAGAUUUGUUCAAACUAAUUAUCAAGAAUCAACAAAUGAUCUUCUUCAAUUAAUGAUUGAUGCUGUUCAAUCAGAUACAAAUAAAUUAUCUUCAUAUGAAUUAUUAAGUAAUGCAUAUUUAAUGUUAGCAGCUGGUUUUGAAACAACAUCAACAGCAUUAGGUUAUUGUACUUAUCGUUUAGCAAUUCAUCAAAAUAUACAAGAAAAACUUUAUCAAGAAAUAGUCAAAUAUAAUUCAUCAGAUAUUAAUUCUUAUGAAAUACUAGUCAAUAAAUUAAUUUAUUUGGAUAUGUUUGUUCAUGAAGUAUUACGUAUGCAUCCAAUUGCUAUUCAACCUGUUCAUCGUCAAUGUAUGGAAGAUACUUAUAUUGAUAAAUAUUAUAUCAAAAAAGGUACAUUAAUUCAAGUUGAUGUUCUUUCUAUUCAUUAUGAUAGUGAAUAUUGGGGACCUGAACCUGUUCAUGAAUUUUGUCCUGAACGUCAUACUCGUAAACGAAAUUCGCUUGCUUUUAUGCCAUUUGGUGGUGGACCAAGAACAUGUCUUGGAAUGAGAUUUGCCUUUUUGGAAAUUAAAUUAUGUUUGGUUCGAUUGAUCAAUGAAUAUCGUAUUCUUCCAACGGAUGAUAUUGAACAAAAAUUAAAUAUAACUGAGCAGUUUGUUGUUGCACCUGAACAUGUUUAUGUUAAACUUGAAAAACGAUCCAUAUAA